CCGCUGAGCCUGCGCGAGAACCCCGCCCCCCUCGGCGCUGCCCGUGCCGAGCGGCCGGCACAGCCCUCGCCCUCAGGCCACGCUCGCCCGGCGCGUUUCCCAGGGGAGAGGUGAGCGGGAGCCGGGCUCGGAGAGCCCUUGGCAGCGGCCCGUGCCCGCCUCACUCUCCUCGUCUCUUCGGCGCUCCACGGCACCAUGGGCUUCGUCUUCUCUAAGUCCAUGAACGACAACCUGAAGGCUCAGCAGCAGUUCAUGCUUCUGAACUCGCGGCUCCAGCUGGAAAGGCAACUACUGAUGCAGAACCAAAUGAGAGAGAGACAAACAGCCAUGCAGAUUGCUUGGACACGGGAAUUUCUCAAGUAUUUUGGGACCUUUUUUGGACUUGCUGCUGUAGGUUUAACAGCUGGAGCAAUAAAAAAGAAGAAUCCGGGAGUUUUAAUGCCCAUAGUUCCCUUAAGCUUUAUUUUUGCCUAUCAAUAUGAUAUGGGCUAUGGUACGCUGUUGCAAAGGAUGAAAGGUGAGGCAGAGAACAUAUUGGACACAGAGAGCACUUUGCUAGAGUUGCCAAGAGGACCACUGACUUAUGAAGAGCUGGAGAAAAUCAGAAGAUCUCAGAGCAAGUUCUGUAUAGAAAAAUAGGAAGAUGACAUUAAAGCUUAGUAUCUGAAAUGUGAUUGUAGUACUGGUUUUAGACAUAAAUGAAUCAUUACAGUUUUAAAAAAAUUGUGAGGUUUUAUAAAAUCAAUAUACUAUUCACUUUUUAAAAUCCAUACUUUCUAAAGCAAUUAUUUUUGUAUUGUAUGCAUCUCUUGAAAAUAUCCAUUGCUGCUGUAGUGUAUUUCCUUUGUUUAGAAUUAAAUAUUGAAUUUCCCCUGCCUAUGGGAGACUGAAAAUAACUUUCACCUGUGGUAAAAAUGUCUGGGACUGACCAAACUCCUUGUAAUAAAAAAACCCAAGUUAAUUGGCAUUUAUAAAAUUUGGUCAUCAUUUUCAAAUAUAUUUAAGGAUGCAAAGCUCAAUUUGAAGUCAGGAAUAGGCAGUCAACUUCUUUGAAAAAUAAGACAUAUUUUAUUUGCUGUUCUUUAUCCAGUAAACUCACCAUCUCUGCUUCAAAUUCUGAAAUAAACAGCUUUUAUCAGAAGUAGGUUCAGAAGUAAACAUGUCAUUUGCUAACUGUGUGUUUUACUCUUAGGAAAAAAUGUAUUAAAAUAUGAGCAGAGAUAAAUUCUCAAAAAGAGAAAACAAAUUAUGCAGCUAUUUCCUGAAUCUUUUUCAUGCUUGUUUGACAUUCUGAGACUCAGGAUAAUUUGUUUACAUGAAAUCAGAAUUUCACUACUAAGAUGAAUAUUAACUUACACUAACAGCAAGCAAAUUUUUAAUGUCUGUUUUUGUAAUGGGUAGAUCCAAGGGGCCUUACAAGUACUGAAAAACUGAGUCAUUUUUUGCAUGUAUUUGCUUUAGCAUGGUAUAUACCAAGAAUAUAAUUCUAUUAUAAUUUAGUGUUAUGAUGGUACACUUGGAAAAAAUGCAUCUUUUAUGUCUUGGAAAUCUUGUUUAAAAACAGAUCAUUUUGUGUCUUGAAUGGAAACUCUUGUAGCCUAAGUCUAAUGGUGGAAUGAAAAACAAAUGCUGAAAAAGCAUCCAAUAAUUAAUUAAGCCUACAUCUGUACUUCCUAUUUGAUAAUAAUUAAGUUCCAGUUGAGGAUAAUGC